GAAAAGCACGGAACCAAUUCACAAACGCCCAUUUCAGAGUGUCGCCUACGAUUUUUUUAAGUAACAUAGAGCCUGUGCAGAAGAACCCGGCUCGCCAUGCGCGACGAGGCUGCGGCCCCCGCUAGUGCGGCUGCCCCGGCUCCGUUUCUGACGGAAGAGCAGCGGGUGGCACUGGAUCAGGCCCUCCGCGACAAGGCGCAAGAGCAAGCCAAGGCGCGUGCGGCAGCCAACCAUAAAGCGGCGGCUGCGUCCGGCGAGCGCAAGAGUCGCUCUGCUAAGGGCCCGGGCGGUGCCAAGAAGGGUGGCGGCGGCGGCAAGUACACGUGGGGCUCCCUGCUGACCGUCGGAGCUGAGGAGGAGCUUGAUCGCAACGACCCCAACUAUGACUCGGAGGAGGAUGAGAAGCACGUGGUGCUCAUGCGCAACCACCAGGCGGCGCUGAAGCAGGAGGUGGCGGCGUAUAAGGAGGCGGUGCGGGCGCUGGUGGAGGAGUACUUCAGCAGCGGCUCCGUGCCGGACGUGGUGGAGGGCCUGGAGGAGCUGGGCGCCAGCCACCUGGCGCAUUACUUUGUGAAGCGGCUCAUCACCACGGCGCUGGACCGCAAGGACCGCGAGCGUGAGAUGGCCAGCACGCUGCUGUCGGGGCUAUACGCCGAGGUGAUUGCUCCGGAGCAGGUGGCCAAGGGCUUCUCCAGCCUGUUCGCCGCGCUGCCCGACCUGGUGCUGGACGUGCCGGACGCACCCGAGCUGCUGUGCCGCUUCGUAACGCGCGCCGUGGUGGACGACGUGUUGCCGCCCGCCAUCCUUUCACACAUCGACCCCGAGGCGGACCCGUCUUGCCGCGACCUGCGGCAACGCUGUGAGACGCAGCUGGCGGCGCGGCACAGUGCAGAGAAGGUGCUGCGCUGCUGGGGUGGCUCGGGCGCGGGCACCAGCCACACCGACACCAAGGCCGCCAUCAGCUCGCUGCUAGCCGAGUACCUGGGCGCCUCACGCGACGUAGCGGAGGCGGCGCGGCGGCUGCGCGAGUUGGGCGUGCCGUUCUUCCACCACGAGCUGGUCAAGCAGGCGCUGCUGGCGGCCAUUGAGAGCGCUGCCAAUGUGGACUCCGUGGUGGCGCUGCUGGGCAGGCUGUCGUCCACGGGUGAGGUGUCAGCCAGCCAGCUGGCCAAGGGCCUGCGCCGCGUGGCCGACAACCUGGCGGACGCGGUGCUGGACAACCCGCAGGCGGGAGAGCGCUUCGCGGCGCUCAUGGGCGCGGCCGCCGCGGCCAAGCUUUUCAACGACCUGGAAGCGGAGGACGUGGGCGACAACGCCGCCGCGGCGCUGGCCGCUGCUGGCGUUGCCAUCGGCUCCGCUGCUGCCUCUGCAGGUGGUGCUGCCUCCACUGGCGCAAGCACGCCCAACGCCAGCAACGGCGGCGCGGCGCCGAGCGGGCGCGGUGUGUCGGUGGCCAUGCCGCCUGGUGUGUCUGCCUUCAAGGCGGUGACGCUGGCGGCUGUGCGGGAGUACUUCGACUCACAGGACUCAGCGGAGGUGGCAGCGCGGCUGAAGGGUCUGGACGAGCCGGGCCUGCACCCUCUGUUUGUCAAGGCGGCUGUGUCGCUGUCGCUGGACCGCAAGGACCGCGAGCGCGAGCUGGUGUCCAAGCUGCUGGUGGCGCUCACGCCCUCGGUCAUUGCCCACAGUGCGCUGGCCGCGGGCUUCACGCGGCUGCUGGCUGCCGCUGACGACCUGGUGCUGGACGUGCCGGACGCCGUGCACCUGCUCAGCCUGUUCCUGGGCCGCGCGGUGGUGGACGAGCUGCUGCCGCCCGCCUUCCUCACGCAGGUGCUGUCGUCGCUGGACGCGGAGGGCCUGGGCGUGGCGGUGGUGCGCAACGCGGGCAUCAUGCUGGGCGCCCGGCACGGCAUUGAGCGCCUGGUCAACUGCUGGCACGGCGGCGCGCUGGAGCUGGGCGCGGUGCGGCAGGCCAUCCGGGACGCCAUUGCCGAGUACGGCACCAGCAACGACGUGGCUGAGGUGGCGCGCUGCCUGCGCGACCUGGACGCGGCGGCCUACAACCACGAGGCCGUGGUGGCGGCGGCUGAACUGGCCUGCAACCGGUACCACGGCAAGACGGGCGGCGCGGCUGCGGCGGCCGCCAACGGGCACGACAGCGGUGACGCGGAGCUGGAGGCGGCGGUGGCGCCGGUGGUGUUGCUGCUGGGUGCGCUCAGUGCUCAGGGCGUGGUGUCGUCCACACAGAUGGCAGCGGGCAUGAGCCGCAUCCGCUCAGCGGUGGAGCAGGAGGUCAUGGACUACGGGCCGGCCGCGCGCAAGGUGCUGGACCAGCUGGUGGCGGCCGGCAAGCGGGACGGCUGGAUGGCGGACAGCUAGACCGGUUAAUGGCAUAAGCGCGGCUGGCAAAGCUCACCGGGCAGUUGAAUACCUAGCGGACCCUGGGUCGUCCGUGCUUAAGCAGGAUGACAGACGGUUCGCUGCGCGACAACAGACGUGAUCUCACAAUCUCUAGCAUUGUAAUGGGGCCUCUGGCUGCGCGCACGGGGCUGCUGGCAUGAGCGAGUUGGUGUAUCCUGUACUUGAAGCCUGCACGGGCCCUUUGUCAGGUGAUGCCGCAUCCAAAUCAUAGGACAAGUGUUCCCCGGCCACGGGAAAAGGGGCUGAGCCCCGCCACUCUCUGAGGCCGAACAACCUCAUCGCCCGGACAUAGCCGGGGUCGGUUUCCAGGAAAAGCAGGUUGGUUGCAGUGCAGCCGAGUUGUCGCCACUGUUGAGAUUAACUGCGGCUUGUCACUUUGACACAGCCUGACAACUUGACAAACGACUGUAACGAAAACAAGGC